AUUUGUCAGAAAGCAGCUGACAGUGGACAGCCUUCAAACUAGAAAAAACAACCUUUCACCUACCCAAAAAACGUCAUCAAAUCAAUACUUCACCACGUUCAUGUCAUGAUUCCGUUCUAUGUUCUGGAUCAAUUCCAGAGAGAUUUAUCAUUGUUUUGAUUAUGUUUAUAUGUUCCUAAAGUGUUUGUUGCCCAGCGUACAAAUGGCUGGUGCGAGUGACCGUCACUUAUAUCACAACGACACUAGCAGCGAUACAGAAGAUUACACGGAUGAUAGAAGGAGAAGGGUAUUCAAAAAUCGCAUGAGGUACACCUUAUUUCUCACACUCAACAAUAGCUUUAUAUAAAUAGGACAAUGGGAGGAGCUGACAAUGAUCUAAAGUUUGGGCUCAGGAUUAUCAGGAAAUGAUAUUCAUCCUAAAAACUGUUGCUUUGAAGACGCUUCAUUUGACUAUACAUAUGUUUAAAGAUCAUUUGGGUAUCUCCCCAAUAGUCCUUUUGGUAUAUUUGGUGGAUCAAGACUACAUUGAUAUAUAUUUUCCUUGACAAUACAUUUCAUGCUGUUCAAGAAUCGGUUUUUGCUUUAUUAUUCUCAAAAUAUUCUUCCUUGAGUGUGUACUAUUUUUGAACCAAUGUACAUACAUAAACUUGGCUUGGUCAGAUAAGUGAUGCUUUAUUUUUAAACCUCAUCAAUGUUAUUGUUAAUUUAAGGUGAGUCAUAAUAUUUGAAAACUACAGUUCCAGAAAUGUUCAUGGAUAAAAUACAAUUUUUUCCAAAUCACUCUCAUUUCUUUCCUUACUUACAGUUAUGGGUCAAUGUCGAAGCCAAAACCGUGCCUUGUACAACGUUCAUCAUCUCUAACAGAAACACGCUGCCAUACUCUAGCUACUCCUAAGCAAUGUCCAAAUGCUCCUCGCAAUAGAUCUCGAACCUCCGGUUGUCAACCCAGCCAAAAGUCACCGCAACCGACCACCGCGUUAGCCAAUAUGACAGAUGACAGGGUGACGGUAGUGGUGGAUAACACGAGGUUUGUCGUAGACCCGGCUAUAUUCACGGCGCACCCCAAUACGAUGCUAGGCAGAAUGUUUAGCACCUCGAUAGAAUUUACGCAUCCCAACGAUAGGGGAGAGUACGAGGUGGCUGAAGGCAUAUCCGCGUCCGUUUUUAGAGCCAUUUUGGAAUACUAUAAAGGGGGAAUGAUUAAAUGCCCGCCUAGUGUGUCUGUGCAAGAGUUGAGAGAGGCAUGCGAUUAUCUGUUGGUGCCGUUUGACGCCAGUACUGUCAGAUGUCAGAAUUUAAGGGGUCUCCUCCACGAGCUGUCAAACGAAGGCGCCCGAUGUCAAUUUGAGGUAUUUCUGGAAGACCUCGUGCUUCCACUGAUGGUGAGCUCUGCUCAGCGUGGCGACAGAGAAUGUCAUGUGGUAGUACUGUUAGACGACGAUACGGUUGACUGGGACGAGGAGUACCCGCCACAAAUGGGCGAGGAAUAUAGUCAGACAGUUAACAGUACCGCCAUGUACAGGUUCUUUAAGUACAUCGAGAACAGAGACGUCGCCAAGCAGGUGCUGAAGGAUCGGGGCUUAAAGAAGAUACGGCUUGGAAUUGAAGGGUACCCGACGUACAAAGAAAAAGUUAAGAAGCGUCCUGGUGGUAGGGCUGAAGUAAUCUACAAUUACGUACAGCGACCCUUCAUUCACAUGUCGUGGGAAAAGGAAGAGGCGAAGAGCAGGCAUGUGGACUUCCAAUGCGUCAAAUCAAAAAGUGUCACAAAUUUAGCAGAGGCCACCGCAGAUCCAGCUUUGGAGCUUGAUUCUAGAGCAUUGCAGGAAAAAGAACUAUGAACUCUCCUUUAUCAUCUCUCUCACAGUUGAUCGGAUGCAAACUCCUCAAAAACAAUGCUUCGUCUUCUGAAGACGAACUACAGCAGUCGCCAACCUGUCAGUGACCGUGUCCAAGAUCCCGCCACACAAAUUCCGUUCACUGUGCUACGCUAUGUAGACGAAAUUCACACAAGUCGCCGACCGCUGUACGAACAAAACUAAGAUCUGCGGAUGAAUCACGGAGAAGUCUGACUGUGUUCUUUCUAACGCAAGCCCUGGAUGUCAGCUUUGCCCGAGGCAGUUCAGUGCCCCGAAAGUUCUUGUGACUAUUUACUGUCAAAUGCUCUUUUAAACUAGCAUCUAGUUGUAACGGAUGGCCGACCUGUCCUAACAAGUCAUUAGUUCAACUUCACGUUCAAGUUAGUGAGGACAUGAGUUUAUUCAAAUACGUGCCUCCAUUUGCAUCAAGCAUCUUGUAAAAAUCCAAAUCAGAAUCUCUGCAAUUAUUAGGUAAUCCGUUAGUGUCAGCAAUGGCACUGCCUCCACCUUUACCAUCGGAUGCUCCUCUAGGACUGGAGAACGAAGAUGGGGCUGCAGGAGGAGCGAUAGAUCAGCAAGACCCUUCAGAAAUCGAAGGGGCCAAUAAUUUGCCGCCUGACGACCUAAACCUGUAAUCCAGUGCGAAAAAUAAACGCCAAAUCGGUUGAGUUUCGCGUUAUUAUUUUGUACAAGGUACUCCAGAGAUAGUCGGAUUGUUGAUUUUUAUAUGAAAUGUUGAUUUGGAAUUACAUUUUUUUAUACAUGGUAAAAAACGUUGCUUCCGUAUCAUCACAAAUAAAAUGCAGAAAUUGGUCAGGUUUAUAAUCGGUAAAAAGGAUAAAGUAAGAUUACGUCGAUACAGUUUGUCGCAAAUUCCUCCACUUUAAUCAUAACUUUUGUUUUCAACAAAAAUAUAGUUGGUUAUGUUAUGACAGAGACGUUUUGCUUCACUAUUGUACAAGUAUUUUAUGUCACUACAACAUUGUUUUACCACUCGUCAUACCGGUUUAUUUACAGGUUUUUCGCUGUGUUAUCAUCUUCAGGGAAACACAGGUCGGGCGAGUGGUAAAACAUAGUGAUGUCAAAGAAUCCAACAUUACACACAGGUAUUUUUUGUUUAGAUGUCGGUAAAAGUUAUGACGAAGGGAUACUUUUUGGACCUCUUCGAAAACAUUGGCAUAUAUGUAUAUGACAAUUUUUAACCACUUUUCAAACGUCAUUUAACAUGGUUUUUAUGAAAGUUGUGUCGGAACGUGUUUUUUUCCUAUAAAAUUUCUAGAGUACCUUGUUUGCUUUAGUCACAUUUCAUGUAAUCUAUUUGAUGAAUUGGGUGUUUUGUAGAUAAUUGCAAGUCUGGGGGUUUCGUCGCUUCACGGAAGUGUACUUAUGCCUUGGGUAAAAAAGAAAAAUGAAGAACCUACAUUAGUUUUCAAGAUAAGUUAAAGUAGUUUUCUAAUAUAUAUAUAUUUCCGUUUUUGCACCGGAAAAAACCUGUUUAAAUUUUAACCACAUGGCAUAACUAUACUUACUGUUACACCCAAGACUGUCUAUAGGUGCGUGCUAUUUUUUACUAAAAAUCUAUUUUCUGUUUUUAUAAAAAAUAUAUCAAAACGUUUCACGAUUGCACAAACAAGGUGAGCAUCUGCAAUCUGCAAAAAAUGAAAUAAAAUGUCCCCUUCAACGUGUAGUUUUGUAGUACUAAUUGCGUUAAGAUACGUUUUUGAUAUAAGUGUACUAAUUUUGUAAACAUAUGAAAUUUUGUAAACUGAAAUUAUUCUAAAGUAUAUUAUGGUGUUGUAAAGGCAGCAUUCUUGAUAAACGAUUUAGUUGGAAAUCUUUUUGUCUUGAGUCCAUCAUAUCAACAGAUGAUGUUAACAUAUUUGUUAUAUAGUUCCUCAAAGUAAAUCCAUUUUGAAAGUAAAGUCUAAUAUACUUGUAACUUCACCACAUACAAACGUACCAAGAAACACCAAGUUGGGAAAAGUCAGGACCAUACUCGGCUUCUAAAGAUGCGAGCUACUGCGCUUUUAACAUCUGCACACAGUAGAUGUCAAAUUCUAAAACUUUUGUAGAAAUCAAAAAUUCCAUGACGACUGAUACUAAGCCAGGGUAUUGAAGUCUUGCGUUUUCAGAAGAAACCUGUAAGUCUUGCUAAUAUCGACUAUAAACCUUAUAUUGUCCUUUUUAGAAUAUGAGUAAAAAACGAGUUUCCAUGUCUGCACGACCAUACCAUUUAUAUUUGAAACGACAGAGAUGAUACAUGCGUACUGAUUUUUGAUGGCAUACUUGAAUAGAUUGACAUCAAUAGCUAUAAUUCUAACUAGUAAGCUGAUAUGUGAAAUAAAUUGCUGACAAUUUUCGUGCGAUCCCAGCAUAGAAGUGCAUUGUAAUUGAGAAAAGAUGGCAUGGUUGAAAACCUUUCGUUUAAAAAAAAAACUUAAACUCACGUUACUUUCCAUAAAUCUAUAAAACCACUGAUCAUUGUAAUCUCAAGUAGUUUGCUGAUAAUGCCAAAUGGAUAUUACUAUGGUACUUAGCGCAAUUUUUCGGCUGUGUUGUGCUCAUAAAUUAAUAUAAGGUAGAUCGCUGAUUUCGCUUACCACCUCGCAAAACUUCCAUUUGCCUUGAAAUCUGGGGAUCAGAGUAAUUUUACGCCUCCAGAAAAAAAUUCUUGGAGUUUUGUAUUUCUUUUGAUAUCAACCCUUGCCUCCACAAUAGUGUGUCUGGAUUCAGAAACUAAAGGUAACUUCAAUCUUUUGUUAACAGAUCAUUUCCAAAAUGUUUGCGGACUAGCCACAUUAUUAUUGCUUCAGCAAUAUGAUGUAUGCACAAUUCUAACAGUAUAUUCUUCACUUUUAAAGUCCAAUAAUAAAACUAUUAUGAGGCUGUAACUAUGUCAGCUAUCCACCAUAUAUUUUUUUUAAUUUGAAAGUAUGUUAAUCACCACAUAUAUUCAUUCACAUUCCCCUGCAAAUGCAAAUCCUUGAGACUGAGAUUUAAAUGUGUUUUUAUUUUGCUCAUUUUUUAAAAUUAUUUUAUACAUAGCUAGAUAUUUAUACAAUGAGUGGAUUUAAACACUAACACUUAUCCUGUAUAUUGUUUGUUAAUAUCUUUUAUAUCAUUACUACUCAUUUUUGAAAAUAUAGAGAGGGUUUAUAUUCAAGUGUUAGUUGUCAGAUAUUUUGUUUAAUGUGUACUGCUGGAAUAUAGACAUUUUUAUCAUAUGCUUCAUUAUUAAAACAAAAGGUAUUUAAAUCAAAUAUCUUCAAAUUUACACACAUAUUUCAUAUCAGUACUGAAGAAAACACUGCCUGGUAUCAAAUUUUAACAAUAUUUUUAUAUGUAAAAAUAAUCAUAAACUUAUUAAUAGUUUAUUCAUCUUGUGUUGAUCACAUUGAAUAGAUAAAAAAACAUUUCAUUUUAUUUCUAUCAUAUUAUGUUGAGUUCUGUGACAAUGGUUUACGAAACCCUCUGCAUAUUUAAUAAAAAUGAUCAAAGUUAACUGAUAAUUUUGAUAUCUAGAUGCUGAAUAUGAAUUACAUAUUUAUUUCAGCAGUAAUCUUGUCUUUUGAUUUCUAUUUUGAAAACUGUAAUUAAUCUUAAAUGUCAAUCUUUGCUUACUUUUUUUAUAUAACUCCUGUAGCUUAAGGUUUUGUACUCAUUUAUUACAAAUACAUGGAAUUUGAAUGUAAA